GCUACCUCGAACCUUCGGGGUGAAGAGGCACCGGGCUUGCCGCCAUCUUAGGUCUCGAGGUGCGGCGCCUGAGAGAGUCAGCGCGCAGGCGGGCUCAACCCUGGCUCCGGGCGGGCCCCGCCUCCAGGGUGCCCGGAGCCCGCCCCUCGCCCAGGCUCCGCCUUCCCCCACGUGUCUGCGGCCGAGGGGAGGCGCCUGAGCCGGAGCGGGCUCUCCAGCGGUCUGGCCCGGUCCUCACACAGGCUUCUGUCAGCGGCUCCUGGGAGCGUCCCCGGCUGCCGGAUGCUCCCGCCCCGGCUGCGGCGGGCCGGGCUGGACGCUUAGUGCCCGGCUCGAGCCCUGCCUGAAGCGCCCGCGGGGGUGGCAGUGGCCUCCGCCCCGCGGAGACCGAGCGGCUGGAGGACGAGGCGGCGGCCACGGGGAGGAGGAUGGGGGCUAACCAGUUAGUGGUGCUCAACGUGUACGACAUGUACUGGAUGAAUGAAUACACCUCAUCUAUUGGAAUUGGAGUUUUUCAUUCUGGAAUUGAAGUGUAUGGCAGAGAAUUUGCUUAUGGAGGCCAUCCUUAUCCUUUUUCUGGAAUAUUUGAAAUUUCCCCAGGAAAUGCUUCUGAAUUAGGAGAAACAUUUAAGUUUAAAGAAGCUGUUGUUUUAGGGAGUACGGACUUUUUAGAAGAUGAUAUAGAAAAAAUUGUAGAAGAACUGGGAAAAGAGUAUAAAGGCAAUGCCUAUCAUUUGAUGCACAAAAACUGCAAUCACUUUUCUUCAGCUUUGUCAGAGAUUCUUUGUGGGAAAGAGAUUCCUCGCUGGAUCAACCGACUGGCUUACUUCAGCUCCUGUAUACCCUUUCUACAGAGUUGCCUCCCAAAAGAGUGGCUCACUCCUGCUGCACUGCAGUCUAGUGUCAGCCAAGAGCUCCAGGAUGAACUGGAAGAAGCAGAGGAUGCAGCCGCGUCCGCAGCCAUGGCAAGUGCUGCAACUGGUGCCAGAACUGGGCGUCACACUAAAUUAUGAGCAUCUCCAAAGUCACACCUUCAGAACUGUCUCUGGCAGUUGAAUAGUACUAGAGAAAAGAAAAUAGAGUAAAUGUCCUUUGGAUAUUUUGUAUGCAAAGAUGGCUCUCCCCCAAAUCCCAGUUUUUCAGCUCAGGAUUAUAUUUAUAAUCAAAAACAAAAACAAAAAAAAAAAAGAAAAAAGAAAAAUCACUUGGCGCAGGAGGGAAAACUUUAUAUGAAGCUGCCCUCUUUUUUUUUUUUUUUUUAAUCCACUUGUAAAUUUGGAUUCACUUCCUGUGUUUUAUAUGAGCUCUGUUUAAUUACGUUUACAGUAUUUUGUAUCACUGUUUACAAAUCUUGCAUGGACUUCUGCCACCAUGAAAGAAGAAAACCUUCAUCUUCAAAAAUUAGGCAGGUCAUCUUUGUACACACCCUGAAAAUCGCCAGAGCUACAUCAUAAAAAGUGGGCACAUGGAGAAGUACUUACACAGCUACAGUCCCCAUCAUCUGCUUAAGAGCCGUGUGUUAGAUUUCCCAUUUUUGGCGCCCAGAUACAGGGAUCCAAACUGGCUUGACAUGAAGGAGCACACACAGCCCGAGGGCUCAGGGCCCUGAGUCAAUUCCUCUUUUACCCCCUUCCAUUCUGAGUAGCACAUUUCCCUAGGUGCCCGUGGAGCCCCUGGUUUCAUCCCAAAUAAUGCCCACCUCAGCAGGGUGGUACUGUUGUAUCUGCCAGGCUUGAUGUUCAAUUCUAUAAUGAAGAUGUUUUCAUGGAAGAUACUCAUAACUGACGGUGUUUUUGCACAUGUGUUGAGGCAGGGGCUUCACUUUUAUUUUAAUACAUACUAAACUCCCUGCACAGGAUGUUUUUGGUGGGGUGGGAGUAUCCUAACCUAGCUUCCUGAGCAGCAGUAUGGCCUGAUAGUAAACUGUUUUUUUAACUGGCCAGGCUACCUUUUAUACUAGACAUUGAAAAACUAGAGUCUAAAGAAACACCCUCCCCCAAAGGUAAUUCUUUAAUGUUUAGUACUUUCUGUAUACCAUAUCAGAAAUGGCGUGUUGGACUUUAUUAGUUCAUGAUGAGAGUAGUUUCACCUCAUAAUAGAAAUUCUAUUUUCAUUGAUCUCUCGUUGGAAAAUCAUAUUUUUGUGUGUCUGAUUCAUCUUUCUAUGUUCUCUCAAAUGUGUGUCUCUUACAUAACAAUCUUAGGAAUGAAGUUGUCGUUACAGCUAAGUUGUCUUUAGUAAGGAAGUUGUCUGCUAGAGUCUACCCCCAGUUGACCCUUGGAUGUAAGAACCAAUCAUUACAUGUCACAAUCAAUGUUCUGCCUUAAGAGUGAGUGUCCUGUGUAAAGUAGUGGGUGCAGCAUGGAAACAUCCAAGGUACUGACUGCAGCUUUAGUAUGAAAGUCACAGUUAUUUUGUGAGGAUACAUAUCUUUAAGUAAAUUACAUCUUUAAUUUCCAUGAGCUGAUUUUGAUUGAUACUUAACGUAAGCACACCCUCUUUAGGGAAAGUAAACCUUGGGUUAUAAACACUGGCCUGAGGAAAAUGAAGCCACUUUGUGCUAUUUGACUGUUCUGUUUCCAGAGAGGAAAGCAGUUGUAAGUUAUUCCGCUCCAUGGGGGCCAGAGCAUUUGUUUCAGGAACCGUGAAACAAGACACGGUCUUUACAAAGAGUUGACUUGGUUCAGGUCUGAAAAUGAGACUUGUUAGGACAAAACACUAAUGCUCUCCAAGACAUUGUUCACUUAAAGAAGAGCCCUAGCCCUCAAUCAAGCCCAGGUUAGUAGGAAAUGCUUGGUGAAGUUGACUUGGGGUUUUUGUUUUGUUUUGUUUUGUUUUUUUUAUUAUUAUUAAUAACAUGGAUCAUGGUGUUUUCUAAGCCAUCGAGAUAUAAAUGUUUUGAAUCUGCUAUUGACCCAAGGGGAAAAUGGCCCCUCAGACAUGUCUGGGUAAAUAGUUAGAAAGAGCUCCACUGCUCACCCAGAUCUCAGCAGCUCAACACACAAGUGACUUGCUGUUUUCACACCUGUCUGUAGCAUUUGAAGUGAAAGAUCCUCUGGGACAAUAACAGUGCUUGCACCAGUUCCCAGAAAGUUAGCAGGUCAUGAGAUUCUGGACAUGAGAUUCCUUGCAAUCUAGAGUACCUGAGGUUGAAGGAGAAAGAAAAUCUCAUUUAGUGAGGACCUUCUCUACUGCAAAUUAAGAAUGGGUUUAAUUAAUUUUGUUUUUCUUGCCCUUGGAAGAAAGGAAUCAUAUUCUCAACGAGUUCUCAACCAGAACUUGUAAGAAGAAAAUCCCAAGUCAAAACUCUGUUCAUGAAUACAUGUGGUCCAUGGAGUCAGAUGCAGCGUCUGUAGUUGUAUCCAGGUGAAACCGUUUCUCCUGAUAGGUUGAACAGUAACAGUGGUAAUGGAUCAGACAGCUGGUUUCUGGUACUCAUUUAUGCUUGGGUUUUUUAACCCUCACUGGGGCAUCAGAUUUAGAAGUGUAACAUGGAGCUGUAGAGGUGGUGAUUGUCCUAGAGCACCUCCAGGCCUGAACUCCAGCCAACUAUUGCUCUGACUCACAGCAAUAGCAUACCUACCCAUCACCAGCAUCUUACAGAGCAGGGAAUCCCAGGGUUAGUCCAUUGAUAUAGCAUGUGUGUGAAUGGAGACUAGGCACCACAGACAGCUGCAGAACUCUGUUUCCAUGGCUUCUAUCACAAGACGGGUAGAAACACGUUCACUGCUUCAGGGCUCUAACCCAUGCAUCGUAUUAUGGCUUCAUCAUAUUUUUCCUGUAGCUUUGAUAUAUGCUGUGUUUGUUUUAAAUGACUAAUUUUGAAAGUUUUGUCAGCAGUUGGCCAUCCUGCCAUUAUAUGCCAUUCUUGUCAGUAUGGUUUGAGAGUGUAGCUCCAUGGUUAGACUUUCAAGGUCUGCUCAAUCUAUACACACACACCUCCACUGUCAACAGGUGGGACAGCUGUCAAUGAAUCUUCAUGGACCUGAAGAGAAUUUCUUGUGAAGUUGAAUGCAAGUGUACUGUCAUUCACAGUGUUUAUAAAACACCAGGAACCUUCACUUUUGCUACCUUGAUAUAGCAUUGGGUUAUCAUGUUACAACAUUGAAAUACAUCGAUUUAUUAAAAACUACUUUUAUAAGAAA